UACAUAUUUCCAUGUGUGUAUAGAGCUAGCUCUCAAUUUCUUUGUAUCGGUCGAAUAUAUAUAUAUAUGAUGAUUUGUUGAAACACGAAGAGUGAUAGAGAGGGGGAUGAAUAUGAGUGAAUACGAGUGUCUAGUACCGGAACUAGAAUGGAAUCUGACGGGGCACCAGCGACAGCAAGAACAAGUUGGGGCAGGCGAAGAAGAUCGGAAUCGGAAUCUGAAUCUGAAUCAGAAUCAGAAUCAGAAUCGGAUUCAGCAGAAGGGUCAUGCCAAUAAUUGUAACAACAUAUCCUCUCACUCUCACGUGCAACAACACUGCAGCAUCAGCAGCUUCCAUCAGAAUCAUCAUCAUCAUCAUUCUUCUGUUCCCAUACCCACAUCUAUGAACAAUAUCCAGCAAAUUGAAGAGCUGGCAUGGGAAAACGGGCAGUUAACCAUGCACGGUCACAGUGGAUCCGUCCUUCCCACGGCCAUGCCAAAGGCCGUAUGGAGCAACAAUGACACGCUUGAGUCCAUCGUUCGUCAAGCUUCUAAUCACAACCAAUACCAUGUCAGUAAUGUUGCUACCAACGAUGUGAAUCCUACAUGUGUAAACAAGGGGUCUUGCUCAGUCGACAAAAAACCGGAUAAACUAGUGAAAACCAACUCUGGUCGUACUAGGUCAGAGAACAUUACUGCUCCUGUGCUGAAGAAACGGGUGCGAUCGGAAUCGGAGCAGUGCAGGACAACCAGUAAUAACUUGUUUAGCACAAGUUCUGGUUAUAGGAAUAAUGACCAAGAAGAAAGGAAGGUUAAGAUUACGGAUCACCGGAGCAUGUGUGCAAGUGCAAGCGCCACAUUCGGCAGGGAAGAUCGCGACACUACUAUGAUGACUUGGCCAUCCUUCGAUUCUUCCCGAAGCUUCAAAACCAACCAGACAACAGAUGACGAUUCUGCUGCUUCCCCUGGUGGAUCUGAAGAAGAUCAAGAGACCAAAACUGAGACCGGUCGAUCCCUCUCGAGCAGGCAAACUAGAGCAGCUGCUAUUCACAAUCAGUCGGAGCGGAGACGUAGAGAUAGAAUAAACCAGAAGAUGAAAACUCUCCAGAGGUUGGUCCCUAAUUCGCGUAAGACAGAUAAAGCGUCAAUGCUGGACGAGGUCAUCGAGUACUUAAAACAGUUGCAAGCGCAGGUUCAGAUGAUGAGCGCCACGAGGAACAUCAACAGCUUGCCCCAAAUGAUGAUGAUGCCCAUUGGGGUGACCCCUCAGCAGCAGCUGCAGAUGUCUCUCUUCUCUCGGAUCUCUGGUGGGGUCGGGCUUGGACUCGGUAUGGGAAUGGCCGGAAUUGGAGCUGGUAUGGGAGUGCUCGACAUGAGUUCAAUGGCACGAGGUCCAGCUCAGCCUCCAGGUCUAUCUCCACUCCUCCACCCUACUUCGGCACAGUUCGUGGUGCCAACCACCCACCCAAUGACAUCGGCUCAAGCCCCUGCUGCUACCGGAAACAGUGGUUCGCUUCAUUUUCCGGAUCCUUAUUGUGCCUUGAUUGCACAAAAUAUGAACGACAUAGAGCUCUACAGAAAGAUGGCAGCACUAUACAGACAACAGGCAGCUACUAAUCCAUCGUCCAAGACAAAUGAGGGAAAGAGGGAAUGACCUAUGCAUACGUACGACCAAUCUACAGCAGCUCAACUUAUUACGUUCAUCCUGCAAUAGAAAUCAUCAUGUCUAGGGUUUUGAAGGACUUCGUGGUUUUUAUUUUUAUUUUUUAUGGUCGAUCAGAUGUUGUUUCAUACAAACUUUCGGUGGUGUAGCGAUACGACUAGUUGUCCCACUCAGUUUCGUGUUAUACACAUGCAUGUAUUUUCUUGUAAUUAUUAAGUUCUAGCUAGUCUUGCGUGUUGUUUGAAAUUAAA